AUGUCCAGCUACGACAAGGUGGUCAAAGGCGCCACCAAGCCCAAGUCCGGCGGCAUCAAGCCCAAGUACAUCGACCCCAUCAUCGCCACCACCUUUGCCACCGAUGGGUCGCUCCAGGAUGUGUGCCGUGCGCUCGGCACGCGGCUGCGCGACUCAAACGCCACGGUGGUGCUCAAGUCGCUCGUCAUCCUCCACACCAUGAUCCGCAACGGCGAGGUGGACAAUGUGCUCUCGCACCUCGCCUCGGACGCCGGCAACAUCCGCCUGCGCAACGUCGCCUCCAACAGCUGGUCGGGCGUCUCGGCGCCCCAGACGCUCUCCGUCUAUGCGCAGUACCUCGACGAGCGCGUGCGCGCCUACCGCGAGCUCAAGCACGACGUCAUUCGCUCCUCGGACCGCUCGCGCGCCCACGCCAACGGCGCGAGCAACUCGAACCGCCUGCGCAAGCUCUCGGUGGAAAAGGGCCUGCUGCGCGAGGUGUCGUCCACCCAAAAGGUCGCCAGCGUGCUCAUGCAGUGCUCCUUCUUCCUUGACGAUCUCAACGACGACCUCGUCAUGUCCGCCUUCCGCAUGACCCUCAAGGACCUCCUCGCCAUCUACACCGCCAUCAACGAAGGCGUCAUCAACAUCCUCGAACACUACUUUGAGAUGGCCAAGUCGGACGCAGAGCGUGCACUCGAACUCUACCGUCGCUUCUGCAGGCAGACUGAGAAUGUGGUCGCCUUUCUCAACAGCGCCAAGAAGGCGUCGCACUCGCUCAACCUCGCCAUCCCCUCGCUCAAGCAUGCGCCCGUCUCGCUCGCCGGCGCGCUCGAAGAGUACCUGCGCGAUCCGAACUUCGAGCAGAACCGCAAGGAGUACAAGGAAAACAAGCGCAUCGCCGACGGUACACCGUCUGCAUCCACCGCACGACCCAUCUCCACCAUCUCGAGCAGCGUGCCCAAGAGCGAGUCCAAGAAGAGCAUCACCAUUCAGGAACCCGACAAGCCAGAGCGCAAGCUCAAGCCGCCCACCGCCAACCAGGACCUGCAGGACUUCUUCGCCAGCAUCGACAAUGACGGUGGCCAGAACAUUUUCUCGAAUGUGCCUGCCGAGCAGAGCUUCUUCUUGCAGGCACAGCCCACUGGCAUGAUGGGCAUGAGCGGCGCGUUUGGGGCGAUGGGCAUGCAGCAUACGGGCAUGGGCAUGAUGCAGCCCCAGAUGACCGGCUACAACCCGUUCAUGGCCCAGCAGCAGACAGGGAUGCCCAUGGGCAUGGCGCCGCAGAUGUCGGGAUUCUUGCAGCCCCAGCAGACCGGAUUCAAUCCGUUCCGCCAGUCGCUCAUGCCGCAGCCGACUGGAUUCGGUGGGCCCUUUGGCACGUUCGACGCCCAGCCCAGCUUCAUGCAACCGUCGCAACAGCCGCAACAGUUCCAACAACAACAGCAGCAACAUCAGCAACAGCAGCAGCAGCAGCAGCAGCCACAACAAGCGCAAUCGCCGCAACCGCAAUUGCAGCCGCAACACACGGCGACGCCUUCGCAGCCGCAGCCUCCCUCGCAGACAGGUAACGGGUUUGGCUCGACGUCGCAACCGUCAGCGCUGUCUUCGUUCAACUCUGCCUUUGGCGCGCCCUCGGUCAACGGUGCGACGCCCAAGCCGGUGUUGGCGCAAAAGACGGGCUCGCGCAAUCCGUUUGCGCCACCUCCCGGGUCGACGCCUCCUCCUGCCUCGCCGCCCGCGGCCCGGGGGCCUUCGCUCAACCAGCUGGCCAUGAACGCCUUCGCGCCCGGUGGGGGACACUACGGGCUGGGUGCAAAUGCGUGGGAUGGUACCGAUCCCACCAAGUCCGCACCGCAAGCUACCCCGCAGCAGGGAUUGGUGCCGCAAAAGACCGGGUUGAUCGGGAGUGUUGCGUCCGAGUUCACGGCCAAGCCACAGAGCGACCAACCACCACAGCAGCAACAGCAGCAGCAACCGCAGCAGCAACAGCAGCAGGUGGGGGGACAGGAGGGGGAGCUGGUGGGCCAGAUGGGUGGCAUGUCGUUUGGGGUGCAGCCUCAGCCGACGGGGAUGGGCGGUAGCAGCGUGCGCCCGUUCAAGCCCGAGAGUGCGUUUGGCGCGAGUCUGGCCAGUCAGCCCCAGCUGGCGGUGCAGCCACAGAUGACGGGCAACCCGUUCGCCAGGGUCGCUAGUCCAGCCGCCGGUGGGGUUGCGAGUGCAAACACCUUUGGCGGAGGCUCGACGGCUGGUGGGUUUGGCAACGGUGCAGGUGGGAGCACAUCGGCGUUUGGCACGGGCUCGACGGCCGCUUUCGGUGCGAGCUCGACUGCCUCUGGGUUUGGAAGCAACGCUGCUGGCAGUGCCAAUGCGUCGGCCAAUGCGGGUGGCACUGCGCUAUCGGCCUUCAACUCGGCCUUCAACCCCAACCCCCAGGGGCAGCAGGGGCAGGGGCAGCAGGGCUUCACCUCGGGCUUCAACUCGACACAGGGACAGCAGGGGCAGGGUGUGGUACCGCAGGCAACGGGAUUCACUUCCGGCGUAAGGCCUUUCCAGCCAUCGAGCGAUUUCGGCAAGGCGCUCGCGAGCGAUGCCCAGCCCAACCUGCUCCAGUUCUAG